UGUGACCUCUGACCCAUCAACAUUGGAUUUGCAAGUCAAAUAUUUGCUGUUCUUUUUGCAAAUUCAUUCAUUCCAUAUUAUUAGUGUAGUCUUAUUUCGAUCUAAUAUGGCAUCUAGAAGGGCACUUCAUUUCGUGUUCAAAGUUGGAGACAGACACAAGACUGCAGAGUUCUAUAGAAAUGUUUUGGGGAUGAAGUUUCUGAGGCAUGAAGAGUUUGAGCAGGGCUGUGAGGCAACAUGCAAUGGACCGUAUGAUGGGAAGUGGAGUAAGUCCAUGGUUGGUUUUGGACCUGAGGACAACCAUUUUGUUGUAGAACUCACUUAUAACUAUGGUAUUGGAACUUAUAAACUUGGAGAUGAUUUUAGAGGAAUUACAAUUUCCUCCAAAUCUGCAGUAUGCAAUGUGAAGUCCAAGAAUUGGCCGUCAACUGAGGAAAAUGGUGUAUGUACAGUGGAGGCCCCUGGUGGAUAUAAAUUCUUCCUAGUGGAUGCUGAUAAAAGUGGAGAUCCUGUCCAAAAGGUGUCUCUGUCAUGUUCAAAUCUUCAACAGUCCAUAGAAUAUUGGAAUGGGAAACUAGGGCUGAAGAUCUACUCUCAGGAUGCUAGCUCUGUUCUUUUAGGAUAUGGUGAUGAUCAGGCUAAAUUGGAACUUGUGGAAAUAGGACGUCCAGUGGACCACGCCAAAGCCUUUGGUAGAAUAGCUUUCUCUUGUCCAAGGGAACAGCUGCCAGGUAUUGAGAAAUGUAUCCGGGAAGCAGGGGGUACCAUAGUAACACCACUUAUCAGUCUAGAUACACCAGGAAAAGCAACAGUGGAGGUUGUCAUUCUCUCAGAUCCAGAUGGUCAUGAGAUCUGUUUUGUUGGAGAUGAAGCAUUCCGUGAACUAUCACAGCAAGACCCAAAGGCUGAUACACUGUUAGAGCAGGCUUUGACAGCUGAUAAAAGUGAUGAAUGGUAUGCCAAGAAGGGGAAAGUCAAAGCAGAGGCUGAAUAA